AUGCGUGUAUUGUGGAAGAUCGAGAUGUGGUGCAGAAGGCAAGCGGCCGCUGCCAUUCUGCCGUUGUUGCUCGUCGGCUGGCUGACUGGGGAGUCCUCCGAAGCGCUAACGACCUUCGGCAAGAGUAACACACAGCCCCCGAAGGAAGCCGCACCAACCGCCCCGCCAGCGCGGCCGUGCUCCCGCCAGGCGGAAUGCGCGGGCAUCACGAGCUCGUCGUGCGUGCGCACCCACUACGACCCUGUCACCAGGUGCCUAUGUGGGGACAACUCGCCGCCGCUGAACGGACAAUGCGAGGCCCAGUCCAAAGUGCUGUACCACGUCUGCGCGAACAGCGACGAAUGUAACGAUGGCCUGGUCUGCGGAGCGCCCAACAUCACUGGAAGCGCCCCUCAGCACCUGCGCGUGCUCUCGCCUCAGGACAAGAUAUGCCUUUGCGACGCGGAGAGUGGAUACAGGGAGCGCGAGUACACGUGCAGCGAUGCCGAACUCCUCAAGUCGUCCAUCUUCGCCGUGGCCAUUAUAACUUGCUUAAGGAAAAUAUUAAUUUAU